AUGGUUUAUGGUAGAGAAACUUUUUGUGCUGAUAUGAUGACAACUCAAAGGAGUGAGAGUAUGAACAAUGUGUUGAAAAAUUAUGUGAGUUACAAGCAUGAUUUGGUGCGUUUCUUUCAGCACUUUGAGAGAUUGAUUGACGAUCGUCGUUAUGAAGAGUUAACUACAGAUUUCAAAGCAACUCAAAGUUCUUUGAAAUUGUCAAUAAACAUUGAAAUUUUGAAUCAUGCAUCAAGUAUAUACACCCAAGCAAUUUUUAAAAUGUUUCAAGCUGAGUUGGGAAAGGCUUAUGAUUGUAUAUUAUCUAUUUGUGAAAGGGAUGGCAAUGAUGAUGGUGAUUGUGAUGGAGAAAUGCUAACAAAAUACAUGGUUACUCAUCAUAAGAAGCGUUUUCAUCACUCUGUUGAAUUCAACUCUUCUAAUAGCAUAGUACAAUGCAGUUGUAAGAAAUUUGAAUUUGCUGGGAUUUUGUGCUCGCAUGCUCUUAAGGUUCUUUCUUCAAAAAAUGUAUUGAAGAUUCCUGAUCAAUACAUACUAAAGAGAUGGACAAAAUAUGCAAAGUAUGGGGAAACAAAAGUUGCUAAGUUCUCGAUCAAUGAGAAUGCUAAGGCAGAUUUGGAAGAUGUAGAGGCACGUUUAAGAGGAAUGAAUGUUCAAAAUUCUACCUCUAGCAACUAUCAUGCAAAUCUACCGACCAAUAGUGAUGGAAAUAUCAUGCAUGAGAAAAUUAAGGGAGUUAAAGCAAAUGGAAGACCUCGUGGUAAAUCUACAAGAUUUAAAAGUGCCCUUGAGAGAGCUACAAAGAAGAAAAAUAAAGUACAAAAUAAUGCAUCUUCCUCACAGGAUGUAGCAUCAUUUUAUUUUCCAUCAACACAAAUGACUCCUACAUGUUCAUAUUCUUUUCCAACAACCCAUCAUAAUUCAAGCUCAUAUUCAUUUAAACCAACACAUCAGAAUCCAAGCACAUAUACUUUUCCAUAUUACCCAUUAUUGCAUUUGCCACAACUUCAUCUCAAUCAGCCUUAUCCUCAAGUUUCAUUCUAUGUUUCAAGUGAAGAUGCAAUUGAUAAAACAACAAUCGUGGCUCAGCAAGAGAGGAUCCUAAAACGAAGUGACGACUACAACAUUAUUAUUUUUAACUUCAUUCUCUUAUCUUUUUUUGAUCUUUAA